GCAGUACUUGCGCGAACGUGAAGGCAAAGUGUCCCCGUGUCAAAUCGACUCAGGAUUUGAAAAUUUUUUGACUCUAGAUCAUUUCAUCAUCACCACCAGCAGUCUUUUCGCGUUAACGAAAAUGUCGUGAUGCUGUAUCGAGUGCAGAAAAGCCAUCCUCGAUGUUUCAUGGAUUCCGAGCUUUCGAUCAUAACCGUUAAAGCCCACGACGCUAGCCAGCACGCGACUUGUAAAUACCUGAAGACCCCGGCGAGGAAUUCACAUUUCAAAUGACUGCUGAGAAAACGAACUAUUGGUUUAAACAAGGAAAUACAAAAGGUGGAAAAAUUUUCCAACAGGAAUGGCUUUCGAUUUUGCAGCGGGCUGCCUGGGAGGGUGCGCCGGUGUUAUGGUGGGACAUCCUCUGGAUACCAUUAAGGUACACAUUCAGACGCAAGACUUCCGAAAUCCGAAAUAUACUGGAACAUGGAAUUGCUUUCGUACUAUCGUGGCUCGAGACUCGGUGGCGGGUCUUUACCGUGGAAUGUCAUCACCGAUGGUCGGCGUAGCAUUCGUGAAUGCGAUAGUUUUCGGGGUUUAUGGAAACACCCAGCGACAGUUGUCUCAGCCAGAGGCCCUACACUCCCACUUUAUAGCAGGUGCAAUGGCUGGGAUCGCUCAAAGUCCAGUAUGCAGUUCGAUGGAAUUGGCCAAGACUCGUUUGCAGCUCCAAACCAUCGACGGACCUCGAUUUUCCGGGCCUGUUCACUGCUUGAAACACAUAUACAGCAAUGAAGGUUUCCGUGGAAUAUUCAAGGGCUUGGGUGUGACAUUCCUCAGAGAAGCUCCUGGCUACGGCAUAUACUUCUUGACCUACGAAGCGCUGACCAGAUCGAGUUCACCUGCCCCAAUAUCAACCUUCAAGAUGCUGAUGGCCGGUGGACUGGCCGGUACAGCUUCUUGGAUAGUCACUUAUCCCGUCGACGUAAUCAAGUCUCGAUUGCAAGCUGAACUAACCGGCAGAUACUCCGGAGCGUUAGAUUGUCUCCGGCAAUCCAUCAGCGCUGAAGGUUACGCUUGUUUGUUCAAAGGCUUAAACUCCACCAUAAUAAGGGCUUUUCCAACCAACGCGGCCACCUUCACAGUCGUCACAUGGUCCUUCAGACUUCUGGACAACGGACCCACCAAGGCACCCGAGGUUCAAACGCAGCCUGCAGUCCUCUACAAAGAACCUCAUCGAGUCCAAAAGCAGGAUGCUGGUUUGCUCAGGCAAUGGCAUACGGCCAUGACGAGCGUUUUGACGGACGCACAUCAAGCCAGGUCCUACUCGACGAUGUCUACCUUUGGACUGAACCAAACAUUAGCAGUUUCGUUGGCUUCGUCAGUCACACACGAUCAUACGGAGUCCAAAAAGGUACUCAACUCGGGACCAGAUGUACAAAUGUUCAAAGACAAGGAUUCCCAUCUUGUGUCUGAAAUCGAAGAUGAAGGUGAACAGCGUGAAUCGAUGUCUGAAAAGAAGGAUGAACCUCAUGUAGCGUCGAUUGCCAAAAGUGUCUCCGAGAUCGUGCGUGUUGUCGAUCAGUUUGACGCGUCCUUUGGCGAACUUAAGGGGAAUUCUUGAUCCUGGUGCUGCACGAUCUUAUAUUGACAGUGUGCACGUUUAUCAAGUAUAAACUCUUAGAAAGCGCAAACAACAGUUUUCACGGGCAGAGCUGGAAAAUCACAAUCGUCGAUACUAGUUGCACUUAAAAGAAUUUUUCGUUACAACAGCUGGCAUCAUCUGCAGUGUUACGUUUGUCAAUUAUCAGAUUCCAUAUGUGGCAGUGUAACUGUUGACGUGACUAGAAACUCUUCCUCGCAGUUUGGAGGUUCGUUGUUGGUCCUUAAAGACCUUCAGAAAAGAAGUGUCUAAAUGUAAUAUAAGACAAUUAUACUAGUAAAUAAAAGUAUCGAUAAUUGUAAAUAGAAUAUGUGUUAUGAAAUGUGAUCAAAUUUUUGUGAUUCUUUACAAUCAUAAUUGAACUAGCGCCUGAGCAAUAUUGCUGAUUUAUUAUAGAAUGCUUGAAAUAAAAAAAAAGUACAAUUGUACAAGCUAUUACAAAUGAAAUAUCGUAACAAUUAGAGGAAACAGUGAAACUUAUCAGGCUUAGUGAUCAACUGCACACGCGCAAAAUAAUGAAAUUCUAUUGGCUGGUAAGAUCGUAUCGCGGCAAUUACAGAGUAUGAAGUGCAAACCGUCCCACAUCAGGUGGCACAUUCAAAAGGAUGUCAUUAUACUGACUCGUAGCAGUCAUCAACUAUCAUCGGUCAGUUAAUAUAAAUGAAAGUUUGCCAAGCCUCCCCUAAUAUCAUUACAUCAACCAUUUGGGAGCUGCUUGCCUACCAUCACCCUGAGAAAAUGAUGUGGCCUAUAGACCUUCCAUAAGCCGCUGAUGACAGGUGAAACUUGGGGUGGCUAGCCUGGAUGUAAAGAUGGCAAUGUUCGCGCAUGCCCAGUCGGACUUGAUCUACUAGCAAUAAAUUUCACCGUUUCCUGUCGGUAUGUCUAUGUACCUAUAAUGAUUAUUGUAUAUAGAUCAUCGCUGCAUGUAAAUAAGUAUACACGUACAUUUAUUA